CUGCAACAGUGGUAUAUACCUGGCGAUAUGGAAACAGAUAUGUCCUGUCAGAACAAAUACAACCCAACCAAUUCCCACCCUAUCUGUCUACUCUUGACUAUGAGCAAAGUGAUGAAGGGUGCCUUCGACAGUGCUAUAAAGUAACUCCUGCUUACAAUAACUUGCUGGUGAUUUUGGGCUGUGCCAGACCACUUCAUUCUUAACCUCAUUUAAAGCCUGAGUCUCAAUGGCACAAAAGAGUUGAACUCCAGAGGUGAGAGUGACUGUACUUGACAUCAGGAUAGUAUUUGACAAAGUGCAGCAUCAAAGAGCUCUAUCAAACUGAGUCAGUGGGGAUCUGGGAGAAAACUCUCCACUAGCUGACCUUAUAUCUACCACAAAGGAAGAUGGUUGUGAUUAUUUUUUGAUCAUUUCAGUCCCAGGCCAUUACUGCAAUAAUUUUUCAGGGUAGUGAUCUAGCCCCAACAGUUUUCAGCUGUUUAACUUUCCAACUGUCAUAAUGUGUCAGAGAUAGUGAUGUUUGCACAAUUUUCAGCAAUGUUCCUAACUCUUCAGAUAGCAAAGCAGUCAAUUUCAAUAUCAGCCCCAGCCUGAAUGUAGUCCAGUUUUUGCAGCAUAAGUAGCAGUUAACAUUUGCAGUGCACAAGUCCCGGGCAACAGCCAUCUCCAAGAGGAUGUAACUGUCGCCCAAUGAUUUUCAAUGGCACUACCAUAACUGAAUCUAGUAUGAUAACAUUGAGGUUUACCAUUGAUCUACAAUUGAACUGGACCAAGCAUCUAAACACUGGUGACAGAACCAGGAUAAGAGGGCAUAAUCUGCGAAUAAAGGGUUACACAUUUAAGACAGAUGAGGAAUUGAAGGAACAAGAGGCUCUCCUUUCUUCAAAAUCAAGUAGCUCUUCUGAAGAGGAUGAAGAUGAGGAUGAUGAGGAAGAGGAGGAGGACGAAGAGGAAAGUGAUGAUCAGGCACAGACCACACUUCGGAGCAAUGAACGGCGGGAAGAAUCUGAACGUAACCCUCAAAAACGAAUCCAAACAGAAAUCUGCCAAACUAAAACAGAUCUGAAGGACACUGGCAAAAAGAAACGGACCAACAAAGUAAUUUGCACUGAACUUCGGAAGAACAUAAAAAUUAAACCAGGAAAGACUUUGAAAACAUCUGGAAAUGAUACAAGUGGUGACUCUGGAACAGAUGAAUCAUCAAAAGAGAAAGUAGAAAAACCACAGGGACUUUUGAGUGAGAAUAACAAUGUCUCAGAAAAGAGCACUUUGGAAUCUGUAAAUGUAUCUAGUGGGAUGUUGAAUCAGAGCAUUUUUAAUUCUGCAAAAUCCAGUAAUCCCAGGGCAGCCUUGCAAGCAGCAAACCGUACAGGAGCAGGCCAGCAUUCAUCGAGCAUACAUUCUGUCAGCACAAUGACACUGAAUAAGACUGCUUCUGAAAUGCAGCCUGGGAAUACAACACUGAUAAAUCCACAGGGAAUGAAUGAGAAAAAUAAGAUUGGUUUAAUUAAGAAUCCAGGAAAUGCUAAAAAUGCAGAGUUGUGCAAAUCCGACUGUGACUCAAAGGGUUUGAACAUUUCUGGACCAUUGAAGUCCAAUUCUGGUGUUUGUAAUUCGUCUAAUUCAGGAUCAAAUUCCCAGAGUGCAAAUGGUCAAUGUACUGGUGCCCUUGGACGGAAUUUACCAACACCAAACUCUCAGAACACUAAUUCAGGAUUAAAUUCACAUGCCUUAAAUCUACAAAGUACCAACAAAACAGGACUGAGUUCAAAAAGUGGAACUAGUCCAUCGGGUUUGACUUCAAAAAACAUCAGUAGUUUGUCAUUUGUGAUCUCUAGAAGUGUUGGAACUGCAGGACUGUGUUCAACUGAAUUGAACACUCAUGUUUCUAAUAAAGUAUUAAAUUCACAGGCUGGCAAUAGUCAGGCAUUGUGUGAGAGCAGUGGAAAGGAUAGUAUUGAGAAGGAGAAUCAGAUUAAAGCAGAUAAGGAGACUACAAACACUGCAAUUCAUCAUUCUGACAACCAAAUCCAUGACAUUGACAAAAAGGAUGUUUCAUCUGAGAUAUCUAAACAAAACAGCAACAUGCCAACAGAGUUGAGCACAGGUGAGGAGACGAUGAGUUCGGAUUCUGAUCAUGACUCUUCAUUUUCGAGCAUUCCAAACCCAUCCAUUUCAGUCCAGACAAACCAAGACUGGAAACCCACCCGCAGUCUGAUCGAGCAUGUGUUUGUCACUGAUGUAACCGCCAACUUGGUCACCGUAACAGUGAAGGAGAGUCCAACUAGUGUCGGCUUUUUCAACAUUCGACAUUAUUAGAGUCAUUAGCUGAUUGAUCUUCCUUUACAAAUCGGUUUUGACUUUGGCCUUUAUGACCUUUUGCCUUGUACUUUACAGCUAUGAACACCAUUUACUAAAGUGCACAAAUUAGUUUCUUCCUCUUUGAACAAAAAUAGUGCAUUACAUAGAAGUAGACCCUAUGAUUUGGCUGUUUUUUUUUAAUCAGAUAGUCCAUCAGCAGCCCAAUUUAGCUCUUUUGUAUGUAGACUUUAUUAUGUAAAUUAAAUCUGGUUUGACUAUGUGCAAAAUAACAUCUAUUUGCCUAUCCAUUUUUAUAAAAUGAAGGUUAAAGAAUGAAAAACAUGAACAAAUAAAUAAUUUGUAUUGAUGCUGAGAGCAGUAAAAGCCUGGGAAGAUCAGCCAUGAUGAAGCUUUGUUUGUGAUUAUUAUAGGUGUUUAGUCAGUGCAUGGAACUUUAUAGGAGGAAAGAUGACCAUGGCGCAAUAGUAUAACAUGUUGCUGAAACAACUUAUGAUUUUGAUUUAUAUUCAUUAGGAAGUGCAAGAAGGGUACCAACUACAAGCAUGUGUAUAUGCCCUUUUCUCAGAAUGGAUCCAGUUUUGAUCGAGCUACAGCUGAGUUGACAUCCUAAUUGGCCACCAGAAAUUCAUAACACUAAUUCAUAACACCAUUCAUCAUUUUGUUUCAGUUGGAGGGUUGAUUAAACUUUAAUACUAAGAGCAAGAAAUGAAAAACUAACAAAUUAAUGCUAUUUGAUAACUAGAAUAGCAAUUUUACUCUGUUCCUUGUACUCAAACUUCUUGAAACACUUCAACAGUGACCAAAAUAUUUUGUUCACUGAUCAAGGAAAUGUCACAUUGCAUGUUUUUUUUGAAAGCAGUGCUUUAUCCUGGUUAAUAGAUGUAACUUUAAUCUGUGCUGAUAAGCUGUUAGAAAAACAGAAUUCUAUUGAGUCUACCAGCAGUGUAGCAAAUGAAGAGGUGUAAUUUUGAGUUUGUUUCAGUGUUAGUAAUGUUUAUGAACUAGGUUAUAGAUCAAAUUUAGGAGGAAAAAAAACAGCCUUUAAACUUUGAAUCCAGUUAAGAAGGAUCUGCCAAAACAUAGCUCUUCAAAUUUCUCUCAUUUCAAUGGGAAAUCUUCACACUUGUGAAACCUAGUCUUCCUACUGCCCACUCAUUUCAUCUUUUUAUCCUUUUUCAAAUCUAGUGGUGUCCUCAUACUGUAGCACCCUUUGCUCAAAGUCAAACUUUGUGGGUGCAAGUCUUAAUCUAUGAACAGGCUGGCAUUCCUAUUCUGAUGCAGAGGUAGUUGGAUGUUUUAAGUACCAUGUUUCAAACAAAUCAUUUUUAAAGAUUCUGGCCAUCUAGAUGGGUACAGAAUUAUCGAGAAUCUUACGAUGAUGCAGGAUCUAUUUCGGUUAGGCUUCCUUGGCUUACCCCAGAGUGAUGCCCCUCAAAAGCUAUAUCUAGCUAAUUGUCUCUGUAUAAUAAAGAGAAAAGCCUAUGGUAUUUUAGGAACUGUGGCUAAUUACCUAAGUGGUAGAUUCACCAUGGGAUACCAAAUAAGUUAACGACUAGAGUUUUUUUUAUUGAACAUGGCUUGAACCUGUGACUGAUAUGAAUAGAGUACACCCGAGAAUGAGUAGCUUUGAGCUUGUUGUGCUAUUCAUUUAGAAAUGGUUUAUCUGUAUCUUGUAUCUUACUUGACUCUUAGCUAAUCUGUCAAUUGCUAUUUUGUAAACUGAAAUUGAGCCAAUAUCCACAGGGGGUGGGAAGGGGAACAAAUUCCAGCUUCCACUGAAAAAUGCUCCCUGACUUGAUCCUGAAUGGUCUUGCACCAUCAGGCUCCCACUUCAUUCUGGAUUUCUCCACCAAAGGUAAAAGCUUUUCUGUAUCUACAUUGCUUUGAAUCCUAUCAUUUUAAAUACCUCAAAUUAGAUCACCUAAAUGCAAGGGAAUGCAACUUUUCUUCAUAAUUAAUUUUUCGGGACCAUUUAUCAAUCUUGUGAUUUCAACAUUGUUUUGCACAUACGUACGCACACAUGCAUUCAGUUCUAGCUCAUUGCAUUGGAAUGUAAUAUAGCUGAUGGGAUCUGAUUGAAUCUUGGUAUAUCUCAAACAUAACUUCCUUGUUUUUUUUUAUACCAGUCUUCUUGAGAUGAAGAGUAACUUCCGUUAGUCUUUGACUUGUUUGUGGCUACAUAAGCCAAGCUUUAAACCUAAAUAACAAACUUACUGAUGGUUUAAAAAUUGUGAAAUGUGACUUUAAAAUGAAGUAGCUCACUGUUUAUCCAUAUGGGCAUUCAUCUAUUAGUUAAGGUACUGGAUAAUGACUAGUGGUCAAGAAAUUAUACUUGAACAAGAAUUUAAUCUCUCUCUGGGAGGAGAGGGAAGGUGAAAAUACUAACUUUUUUUAUUAUUGAGGUCUUUGAAUAGCUGUAGAUUUAACCUUUAGGCUAACUCUCAGCAGUAGGUUCAGCAUUAACUUAAUUUUUAUAAAAUUAAAAUGUGUAUGAAAGUGCUACUGUGAAGUUGUUUUGUACUUUUUUCAAAAGAGCAGAAAGUUGAUAAAUAAACAAAUUCAAGUUGCAAUGAUGUCAUUUUUAUUUUAAUAAUCGUGAAAAAUAUACUUUUUUCCACUUCCUUGCACCUUACAGGACCCGUUAUAUUCCAAUUUCACCCCUUUGCAGAAUAGGACAGGGCCUGUCUUACUCCACAGCUGUUACCUGUGCUCUUCUCAUGUUGAUGCAAUCUUGUAUUCAAUGGAGUCCGAGCAUCCAGCAGACCAGGCAUUCAUCUGCGCUAAGCAUUUCAGAAGCAAGUUCAUAAACCAGCAAUUAUUUUGAAAUCGAUCAGUUUUCAACUAGCUUGUACAUUCAUCAUUUAUGUAACUUAUAAAUAACAGCUGUCUGUAAUUUUUUUCUUUGUUGAAUUGUUUGCAUCUGUUGCAAACGCUUCCAAUAACUUUUUUUUUUAAGUGAAGCAUGGAGAGCUAAACUUUUAUUGUGAUGCAUUAAUUAGAGUUGUAUUAGUUAUCCAUUCUCCAUCAUGAAGCAUCUUACUUUGCCUUUGCUAUGGUAAACCUGUUACUAAGCAGUAUUGCUGAAAGUUAAUAAACAG